AUGUGGCAACAGCUUCAGAGCAAUAUUUUCCUGCUUCCUCUUCUCUUGCUUUCUGCAUACAUUUUGUUUUCACUUACAAGAUCAUCUUCAAGUGGGAAAAACUACAAACUGCCACCUUCCCCACCAACACUGCCUCUGAUUGGGAACCUUCACCAGCUAGGCAAAUUCCCACACCGCUCUCUUCGUGAUCUGUCGAAGAAGUAUGGCGAUAUAAUGCUCAUGCACUUUGGCAAACUUCCAACGCUGGUAGUUUCAUCUGCAGAACUGGCCAAGGACAUGAUGAAGAACCAAGACAUUGGUUUCUCCGGCCGGCCUCAAACUACAGCUGCAACUAUAUUGUUCUUCGACGGCUAUAACGUUGCGUUUGCUCCUUACGGGGAGUACUGGAGAAAAGCUCGAAAAGUUGUUGUUCUUGAGCUUCUGAGCCUGAAAAGAGUGCAGCAGUUUCAGUACGCAAGGGUGGAAGAAUGUGCAGAGCUGGUCAGCAAGAUUCGCAAAGCCUCCGCCAGCACGAACGGGGUUCCCAUCAAUCUGGGGCCGCUGCUGGUGUCAACCUCCAACAACAUCAUCUGCAGGUGCGUUCUUGGACAGAAGUUUGAGGACAAAGAAGACAAUUGGUUUGAAAAGGUCAUAAAGGAGUUGAUGGUUCAGAUGAUGACUUUCAGCUUUGGAGAUUUCUACCCUUCUUUGAAAUGGGUUGACCGUGCCAGAGGCUACAUUGCACGUUUGAAAUCAAUUCGACGUGAAUUUGAUGGAUUUUAUGAUAAGUUGAUUGACGAACAUAAAGCAGCGCAGAAAGACGGUAAGCCUCGUAAGAAGGAUAUUGUGGAUUUACUCCUCGACCUUGAAAAGGAUGGCUCGCUCGACUUUGAGUUCAAUGUCAAAGCACUUAUGCAGGACAUGUUUGUUGGGGGAAGUGAUACUAGUUGGACAUCAAUGCUGUGGUUAAUGUCUGAGCUUUCGCAAAAUCCACGGGUGAUGAAGAAAGUCCAAGAAGAGGUAAGAAGAGUGGCGGGGAAAAGGGGAUAUGUAGACGAGAGUGACAUCAAGGAAAUGAAGUACUUGUCAUGUGUAAUCACAGAAAAUCUAAGGCUUCAUCCUCCAGCUCCUCUU